CGGACCGGUUCGUCCUGAUACCUCCACCGGACGUUCUCCAAGGAUUUCAAAGUGUCUUCCCCGUGCGGGGCUCAGUUAAGCGACCGAAAAACAAGAAGGCGCACCAAAGUCUGCCGCAAGUGUCGGGCUUGCACUUCGGUCGGGAUCAGGAGACAGAGGAGUCGGAAAGCACAGGAAGAACCGGGAAAAAGGGAUCCUGGAGGAGAAGGAGAGGAAGUCCCGCGGGAGAAAGGGAAUCCUCCGACAUGGAAGGGCCUAAAUCGAGAGAUCGAUGGCUGGUUCAGGCAUCCGAGAUCGCAAGGAGGACCCACAAUCCAAUAAGGGCCAUCGUUGACAACAUCGUCGCGGAGCCCAACCCCAACAAGGCCAUGAUCGCCCUCUCCAUCGGCGAUCCCACGACUUUCGGAAACUUGAAGCCUGCAAAGGAAGUCAUCGAGGCCGUCCAGGAGAGCGUUGGAUGUCAGCUGUACAAUGGCUACGCCUCGAGUACAGGUUACCAAAAAGCACGCGAAGCCGUCGCUGAGUACAGCUCCAACGAAUUCGUCAAAGUUGACCCCAAGGAUGUUAUACUUUGCAGCGGUUGUUCCUGUGCCCUGGACCUCUGCAUCACGGCAUUGGCACGCGAAGGACAAAAUAUCCUGAUUCCUCGUCCAGGAUUUUCGAUUUACCGAACUCUCGCAGAGGGUCUUGGAAUCACCGUAAAAUCGUAUAACCUUCGACCAGAGCUGGGCUGGGAAAUCGAUCUGGACGAUCUGGAAGCUCAAAUCGACGAAAGCACCGUCGCCAUCGUCAUAAAUAAUCCUUCGAAUCCUUGCGGAUCUGUCUUCGGAAGGGACCAUCUUCUGGACGUCCUCGAUAUUGCGAGGCGUUACUACGUACCGAUUAUAGGGGACGAGAUAUACGAGCACAUGGUAUUUCCGGGACGAACUUUCCACUCGUUAGCGUCUCUAUCAACCGAAGUUCCUAUCCUCUCGUGCAGUGGACUGACUAAAAGAUUCUUAGUGCCGGGCUGGCGCAUGGGCUGGAUCAUCGUACACGAUCGACAGAAUAUUCUCGACAAGGAGAUUCGGAAAGCUCUUAACUGUCUUAGUCAAAGGAUUAUCGGCAGCAAUACGAUAGUUCAAGGAGCAUUGUCUGCGAUAUUAAAAAAUACGCCGCAAAAGUUCUUCGACGACGUCAUUAGUACGUUAUAUAGACACUCCAAGUUGGCCUACAACUACAUCGUCAAGAUCCCUGGACUGAAGCCAAUAAUGCCUGAUGGAGCCAUGUACAUGAUGGUUUACAUAGAUCUUGACUGUUUCCUGGAGUUCAAAUCCGCUCCUGAGUUCGUGCAGCGUUUACUGGUCGAGGAGUCCAUCUUCUGUUUGCCGGGCGAGUGCUUCGACUACCCGUCGUACAUGCGAUUGGUAAUUACAGUGCCGGAGGACAUGCUAGAGGAAGCCUGCAAAAGGAUCGAAGAGUUCUGCGUCAGACACCAUUGCAAGACCUCGCAGGACAUCCUGAGGAACUCUUUGCAAGGAAUCGCGAUACCAUAUUGAGAGAACGUUUCGAACAGGGUCUAGGCUCAAUUCAAUGCUUAUAGUAAUUUAUGUAUACACGCCCUCGUGAUAUCGCACUUGUACAUACGCAAUGUUUCGGUACCCAAUAAGAGCCUUCUCGCAGUUUUUCCACCCUUUAUCCUGAUGUAAACGAACACCCACGCCGACGUAAUUUCGUAAAACGCGUUACGCCCACGCACAGGUGCUCGCUUUCAAGUAUCCUGAAACCCGACUAAGAGGAAAACGUAAAUAUACCUUCGGUUAUGUACCUCCUGUGCAAGGAAAGUAAUCGCGUCUCCCCUGGAAGUAAUUACCUCAGGACAUUGUUCCUCACUUGAUUAGACUUCGCCCGCUCGUCCGAGAAGCACUUAUAAAAUACGUUAAUUGUUAACUUUUUCCUACUCUUUUUCUAUAUCGGAGUUAUUAUUUUAGGUACGAAUAGUUGCCCUUGUGCAGUACGAGAUGGAUCAAGAGGGAGUAUGAUUAAAAUCCCAUGUAAUGGGGAAAUUAUACAGGGAUAUGCAGAAUUGGGUAUAUAUAAUGUAUAUAUAAUUCAUGAGUAAAUAGGUAAUAUGUGGAUAAAUUAUAUACGUAUAAUGCUGUUUUACGCACAUAUUAUGGGUAUGAAGAUGAAUGGUGAAUACAUUAUAUCAUCUCAAGUUUUA